AUGGCUACUGCUGUUGUGGCGAACAAUACGAAGUUCGAGGCAAGUAACAACCAUCACAAGACUGAUGUUGAAGACGACGACGAUGAGAAUAGCUCAGCUAAGCUCUUCGAAAGAUCGAGGAUUAAAGCUUUGGCGGCUGAACGUGAAACAGUUCAGAAAAAAACAUUCUGCAAAUGGGUGAACUCUCAUUUGGCACGCGUCGGUUGCACAAUUGAAGACCUGUACGUUGAUAUUAGGGAUGGAAAGAUGUUGAUCAAACUCUUGGAAAUUUUAUCUGGAGAAAAAUUGCCUAACCCGACGAAGGGCAAGAUGAGAAUCCACUGUUUAGAGAAUGUGGACAAGUCCUUGACCUUCCUAAACGAGCAGAAAGUUCACCUUGAAAAUGUCGGCGCCCAUGACAUUGUCGAUGGCAAUCCGAGACUGACUCUUGGUCUCAUCUGGACCAUUAUUUUGAGAUUUCAGAUCCAAGACAUAACAGUAGAGCAAGUAGACAGUUCUGAGAUCAAGUCGGCCAAAGAUGCCCUGCUGCUAUGGUGUCAGAUGAAGACAGCCGGCUACCCUAAUGUUAACGUCAGAAAUUUUACGACAAGUUGGAAAGAUGGAUUAGCCUUCAACGCUCUCCUCCAUAAGCACAGGCCAGAUCUGAUAGACAUGAGCGCACUGAACAAGAACAGACCGGCUGAAAACCUGAACAAUGCAUUCAGCGUAGCAGAGGAUAAGCUGGGUCUCACCAAGCUACUCGAUGCUGAAGACGUCAACACGGACUACCCGGACGAGAAGUCAAUCAUAACGUACGUUGUCACCUACUAUCACUACUUCUCGAAGGCUAAGGCAGAUUCAGUGCAAGGGAGGAGGAUUGGAAAGGUGGUGAACCAAUGUUUGGAAGACGACGUGAUGAUUCAAGAGUACAACAGACUAACAUCGGACCUUCUGGAAUGGAUUAAACAGCAGAUCAUCAUCCUUAACGACAGAAAGUUUGAGAAUUCUCUGAACGGAGUUCAACAGCAGCUCUCCGCCUUCAAUAACUACAGGAUCGUUGAAAAACCUGUCAAAUUCACGGCAAAAAGUGACUUGGAAAUUUUGCUCUUUCGAAUUCAAAGUCAAAUGAGAGGGAACAACUUGAAGCCCUACACUCCGAGCGAGGGCAGAAUGAUGGCAGAUAUCAAUAAAGCCUGGGAGAACCUGGAAAAAGCCGAACACGAACGAGAACUUGCUCUUAGAGAGGAGUUAGUUAGGCAAGAGAAAUUGGAGCAACUAGCAGAAAGAUUCAACAAGAAGGCAAGCAUGAGGGAAGGAUGGCUGGUCGAGAACCAGAGGCUCGUGUCUCAAGAUAACUUUGGAUACGAUAUGGCCGCUGUAGAAGCCGCUAUCAAGAAACACGAAGCCAUAGAAACGGACAUACAAGCGUACGAAGAAAGGGUGGAAGCAGUCAUGAACGUGGCAAAGGAGCUGGAGUGGGAAAACUUCCACGACAUUGACACAAUCAACGAGCGCAAAGAAAACGUUAUACAGCAAUGGCUAGAUCUAUUAGAGCUGUUAAGAGCUAGAAGAGUUAGACUGGAGCUAUCCUACCAAUUGCAAGGCGUCUUUCAAGAAAUGCUAUACAUUCUGGACGUGAUGGACGAAAUUAAGGCCCGUCUGCAAUCAGAAGAUUACGGAAAACAUUUGAUCGGCGUGGAAGAGUUGCUCAAGAAGCAUGAAUUGAUUAAAAGUGAAAUUGCCGUCAUCGGCAGUAGAGUCGAAGGCAUUGAUGUCAGCAAGUAUCUGGAAGGUGAUCCACAAACUGGCUACCUUCCUUGCAGUCCAGAGAUCAUAAGAGACAGAAUGAACCACUUACACACGGCCUACCAAGAACUCCUGAAACUUUUCAACGAAAGGCAGCAGAAACUGAACGAAUCAAAGGCGAUGUGCCAACUGGAAUGGGAUUUGACGGAAGAGGAAACGUGGAUCCGAGAAAAGGAGCAACUAAUGUCCUCACCGGAUAUCGGACAUGAUUUGACUAGCGUUCAACUUCUCAUCAACAAGCAUAAGAUCGAUGAAGAUGAAUUGAAGACACAUCGUACCUACCUGAAUGGUGUCGUCCAAACAGGUGUUGACCUAAUCAAUGCAGGUUUCAUAGGUUCGACGAGGAUACAGAAGAAGAUAGAAACCAUCGACGAACUCUGGAAUGAGUUGGAGAGUUUAUCCAAUUUCAGAAAAGUUAGACUGCAAGAAGCCCAUAAUUUCUACCAGUUGUUCGCCGAUGCAGAAGAUGUGGACGCCUGGAUGAUGGACAUGCUGAGGGUCCUAUCCAGUAGUGACGUAGGAAAGGAUGAAGCCAGCGUCCAAUCACUGAUCAGGAAACAUAAGGACCAAUCCUCACCUGAAGUGAUAGAGAGAUUAAAUAGCAUCAGCAAGAGGUAUGCUGAACUGAAGCAACUGGCAGACCUCAGACAGCAAAGGCUAACUGAUGCUUUGGUCCUCUUCAAGAUGCUAAAUGAGGCUGAUGGCGUUGAACAAUGGAUUACUGAAAAGGAAAAGCUAGUGCACAGCAUGGUAGUUACAGAUGACGUUGAAGAGAUUGAAAUACUUAAAGCAAGAUACGACACGUUUGAUAACGAGCUCCAGUCGAAUGCUGACCGAGUCGUUGUGGUGAACCAACUGGCCCAACAACUACUCAAUGCUGACCACCCGGAUGCUGACGUGAUCGUCAACAAACAAAAACAAAUUAAUUCUCAAUGGAGAGGCCUGAGGCAGUUGGCGGACAAAAAGAAGGAAGGCUUCAAGUUAACGCACGACAUCAACGAUUUUAACGUACAAUGCCAGGAAACUAUUACGUGGAUAAAUGAUAAAGAAAAGUUGAUAGAGUCGACGGACGAACUUGGAAAGGACCUGAAGGGCAUGAUAGUCCUCCAGAGAAGAUUGGGAGGCCUUAAUAGAGACCUGGGUGUCAUUCAAGCUAAGCUAAACUCGUUGAACGCCGAAGCCGAUAGGUUGGCUACAGAGAAGCCGUCAGAAGCUGCUCUCCUUAGGAGAAGAAUUGUUGAAGUAACUGAGCGUUGGACGCAUCUCAAGCUUAUGUUGAAGUCACGUGACGAGAAGUUAGGGGAGGUUAGUGAGUUGCAGAAAUUCCUGCAGGACGUCGACCACUUCCAAAAAUGGCUGUCCCAGGCCCAGACCACAGUCUCCAACGAGGAGGUACCUGAAGACGUAGCUACAGCGGAGAAGUUCCUAACUGAUCACGACAGCUUCAGGGAUGAAAUCCUAGCCUACCAACCUGACUACGAACAAAUGAAAGAAUUCGGCGAUAAGCUUGUAGAAGGUCAAGACGAUCCUCAAUAUAUCUUACUCAGAGAGAGGUUGAAAGCAUUGGACAAAGAUUGGAUCAACCUGAUGAAGAUGUGGAACAGUAAAUACAGCAGGCUUCUGCAGGGAAAGAAUUUACAGAUUUUCUUGAAAGAGGUUCAGCAGGUCGAGGGCUUGUUGAGCCAGCAAGAUAAUUUCCUAUCAAAAGACGACAUGCCGACGUCAGCCGAACAAGCAGAGGACUUAAUACGCAAGCACAACACUUUCAGCACAUCACUAGAGGCCAAUGACGAAAAAAUCAAAAACGUCCUUGAACUUGGCGGGGACCUCGUUAAGGAGAGCAACUAUUUGGCGGGAAAAGUUCAACAAAAAAUCGAUUCUAUUAAGAAUAGACAAGUGAACAACCGUAAGAGAUUGGAUGAUAGGUUGGAGAAAUUGAAAGAUCAACUCGAAGUUCUUAAACUCUUCCAGGAAUGUGACGAGCUAGAAGACUGGAUAGCUGAGAAAAAGCUAACAGCUCAGGACGAAUCAUACAGUGACGCUAAAAACCCGCACAGUAAAUGGAUGCGCCAUCAAGCUUUUGUCCUAGAGCUGAAAUCCAACAAAAGUCGGCUGGCUGAUGUAGCUAAUAAGGCUAGUCAGCUAAUAGCUGACAGGCCUGAUCUUAAAGAGAUUGUUGAGCCAAAGAUUCAUGAUCUUUACGACAAAUGGGAAACUUUGGAAGACCUCACGAAGAAAAAAGGGGAGCGAUUGUUUGACAGCAACAAGCACGUACUGUACGGCCAGAGUUGUGACGAGAUUGAUGGCUGGAUCAACGAGACGGUUUCACAGAUCAAGAGUGACGAGGUUUUCAAUAAACCGAUCCCCGUUAGCCUAAUCAUUCAAAAGCAAAAUGUACUGGAAAGUCAGCUAAAGAUAAAAGAACAUAUGUUGAAAGAGUUGGAUAGGCAGGAAAAUGUUUUGAAAGAUUUGGAACCAGACGUUAAGAAGGAGCUGAUAGGAAAGAAGGCGAGAAUUGAAGAUAGGUUCAAAUCCCUCCUCCCGAUCUUAUCAGAUCGACUGAAGGAAUUGGACGAGGUAAAGAAAAAGCGGCAGUUCGAGUUGGACGCCAACGAGGAGUUGAGUUGGAUCGAAGAGCGAAUCAACAGAGCCAACAAGAGUGAAGUUGGCAAGGAUUUGUCGGCCGUCCAGUCCCUUCUUAAUAAGAACAAGACCAUGCAACAAGAAAUUGUGCAUCAUGAGCCACGUUUCGAAGGGGUAUGCGACGAGGGCCACGAAUUGAUGGAGGUUGACCCAGAGAACGCGGCCCAUUAUAACGAUAUUGUGAACUACUUGGCGGGCAGAUGGAAUGUUCUGAAGGGGGCUGUUGAUGGCGCCAGGACGAGAUUGAAAAAUAAUCAAGAUCUUUUACAGUACCUUUUUGAUGUGGACGAUGCAGAAGCCUGGAUCGGAGAACAAGAGCUUUACCUAAUGGCAGACGAGAAACCAAAGGAUGAACUGGCAACUGAGAACGUUUUGAAAAAAAAUUCCGACAGAGAAAAGGUCAUAGAGGAUUUUGACGGCCAGGUUAAACAGCUGGGCGUCCAAGCUGAAAAGUUAUACGGAACUCUUCCGGAAUAUACAGAACAAAUAAAGUUGAAGCAGCGAAAGCUCGAAGUGACAUACCAGAACCUGAAAGAUUUGGCAUCUGAGAAGAAGAAUCGGCUGAACGAGUUCAUCAAACUCUACAAACUGCAUUUCGAAAUUGAUGACCUAGAACAGUGGAUUGCUGAAAAAGAGGUUGUUGUCGCAUCUUCCAGUGAUUUCGGACAAGAUUUUGAACACGUUUGCCUGUUAAGAGAGCGUUUCAAGAAGUUCACAACCGACACCGAAGCAGUCGGUUUGGACCGGGUAUCAGCCGUGAACGAUAUCUGCGACCGACUAAUCGAACGUGGCAGCGGCGAUGCGCCGACUAUAGCCGAGUGGAAGGAUGGGAUAAACGAGCUGUGGACCGAUCUGCUAGAGCUGAUGGAGACGAGGAAUCAGGCGCUCUUUGCUUCUUUUGAGUUCUUCAAGUUCUUCAACGAUAGUAAUGAUUUACUGGAGAGGAUUCAUAAGUUGUUAAUACCAAACGAUGAAGACCUAGGUAGCAGUCCGCAGUCGAUAACAGCCUUGCAGAGGAGGUUCAACAGUUACGAGAACGGAUUAGUGCUACUUGGGAAUCAGGUUCAAGAAGUACAAGAAAAUGCUUCCAAACUAAUCGUUUGCUACUCGGGCGACAAAGCCCGCGAAAUUCAAACCAAAGAACAAGAGGUAGUAGGGGCCUGGAAGUUGCUGCACCAGCAACUAGAGACUCGAAAGCUGCAACUGAGCAAUACGUUCGACGCCAACAAGUUUUUUAUAAUGGCCAAAGAUUUGCUGGUGUGGGUUAGUGAUAUGCAAAGACAGAUCUACGUUACUGAUAAACCAAGGGAUGUGUCGGGCGUGGAGCUGUUGAUAAACAGUCAUAUGGGUUUGAAGGCGGAAUUUGACGCGAGGGAUGAGAAUUUCACGAUUUGCACAAACCUUGGGAAAGAAUUAUUCUACAGGAAACAUCCGCUCUCAAACGAAAUCUAUGCGAAACUAUCGCAACUGGCCCAGCAGAGGGGGAAGUUGGGCGACGACUGGGAAGACAGGUGGCAGUACUUGCAAUUGAUACAUGAAGUCUAUCUAUUCUCUCGCGAUGCGACCGUUGCUGAAUCUUGGAUGAGCACCCAAGAACCUUACAUCGUCAGCAAUUACUGUGGCGAGACCAUUGAUGUUAACGAGUUGUUGUUGAAGAAGCAUCAGGCAAUUGAGAAGGCCCUCAUGAGUCAAGAGGAAAGAUUCGCUGCCUUGGAAAAACUGACGAUGCUGGAGCAAUUGGCCCAGCAGAGCACACAGCCUCGGAAAUCGAGUCACGUAGACAGGUGCAUGAAGGAGUACCUGCCAAUCAUCAGGGAGGAACCGCCCCCAGAACCUCAGAAACCAAUCCAGAAGCCCGCCCGUCCACCAUCGAUCAAGGAGCCAAUCAGAGACGAGAGCGAAGGUCAAAUGAGUGCAAAGGUCAAAAGUCAAGAUGGUGGUGGCGGCGGUGACGUUGAGACUGCUCCGAAGAGUCCGGCCAGACCGCCAACUUCACCGGCGACGCCCCCGCAACAACCGUCGACCACCUCCACACCUGGAAUGUCACCUGCAUUGCUAACGCCGGGUUCAUCUGGAACGCUUCCAUCUCAGUCGAAAUCCGGGGAAAAACCGACGAAAUCGUCGUCAUUCAGGCUGGGCAGAAGUUCCUCGUCCAGCAAGAAACACAAGGAUGCAUCCAUUGCUGCGACUGCUGGCAUUGGUACGUCGGCCCCAAUAUUAUUCGAAGGACCGCUGAUAAGAAAGCACACCUGGGAAAACACGUUGCAGAAAUCUACUAAUCGAGCCUGGGAAAAAGUGCACGUCGUUUUAUUGGACAACAACGUGAUUUCAUUCUUCAAGGAUGUCAAACAUGCUAAAUCGCCUGAGCCUAAACAAUAUUUUCGGCAAGAAGUUCCGUUAAACCUGGCCAAUGAGAAUGCAGCAGCAGAAGUGGCCACCGACUACCACAAAAGACCGAACGUCUUCAAGCUCAAAAUGGAUGUUUCAGGAGCUGAAUAUUUAUUCCAGUGCAAAGAUGAGGCCGAAAUGAAUUUAUGGAUCACCAUGCUGAACAAGCACAAAAAUUUCGACAAAGCAACUCCCAGCUCGGCUUCCGGCUUCAUGACACUUCCGGCAAAUCUGGACGACAAAAGGGACGAACCAAAGAGAAGGAGUCUUUUCGGAGCUAAGAAAAAAUAAUUUAUGAAUAUUGAAUAAAGAAAAAUGAAAAAACAUAGAUAAAAUCAAAAAAAGUUAAUAUGAUUCUAAAUUUAAAAAAAAAAUAAAAUUAAAUAAAAUUUUUUUUAAUAUCAGGGAAGAAACAUUUCAUUUUAGAUAUUGACAAACUUACACACUUCACUCACACACACACCACACACACGCACACACACACCACACACACACACACACACAAAUUGCUACAAAGUUUGUUACGAAAUUGUUAAGUCUGUGACUGAGUUAUAUACACAUAUAUAUAUAUGUAUGUAUGUGUGUAUAUAUAUAUAUAUAUAUAUAUAUAUGUAUAUAUAUAUAUAUAUAUAUAUAAUACAUAUAUAUCGUUUGUUGUUUUUUUUAUUAUUGAUUUCAAUUUAAUCUAUUAUUAUUACUUUUAUUAUUAUUGUGUAAUAAUAAAUAAUAAUAACAAUAACAGCAGUAAUGGUAAAAUACUGAUUCUUAUAAUUUUUUGGGCGUCAUUUUGUUUCGAAAUAGGAAGGUUAAUGUGUCCUUAUUUUUCAGAUAUGAUGAAAGGAGUGGGCAGUCCACUUUAUUUCUAUAUUCCACACAGAAUCCUUCAAUAAUUUCUCAACCUUUUUCUUUUUUGGGGUCUGUCCUCUGGCAAAUGACGCCCAUGAUUCCAAUGCUUUUUAUCAUUGUUGUACAUAGGUAAGUAGUUUAUCGAUAUCGAUCAUCAUUCCAAUGAAAUUAAUUUUAAUUCUUUUAUGAUUGACGGUGUUUUAUUAAUAGAGAUUAUAUUUUUUUAUAUUAAUACUUUGACUUUUUGUCAUUAUUUUACUGUGCCUUAUAUGUAUGUGUGUAUGUAUGUAAUUAUAUAUAUAUAUAUUUCCUAUAUAUGUGUGUGUGUUGCUUUUUAUUUUGUGUAAUACGAUGGUAGAUUUAUAUGUUAUAUAUAUAUAUAUAUAUAUAUAUAUAUAUAUACAAGAUGGUAGAUACAUAUACUUUUAUAUUAAUAAAUGCAAAUAAUAUGGAUAAUUACUGUACUAAUUUAAUUGCAGAAAAUACAACAAAGUUCUUAUAUACAAUCACAUGUAUUUUUACAUUGUAUACCUAUAAAUUUAGUGACAUUUAUUUUAUAUUUUGCCUUUCCAAAGGUUUUGGAGUUUUUUUUCUAUAUUUGCUUUUAUAUUUAAUACAAUUUUUGCUUCAUUC